AUGGAAUUGCACAAGUAUUCAUUACUAGUCUUAAUCUCUGUUACAGCCAUCCUCAUUCCAAAUUGUCAAAAUGCAUCAGUAGCAAAGAGAUCAGCAACGGAUGACGCAGGGAAACUCACCCAUCCAAUACAAGCAUUCGCAGAAAUACUUCAAAAGCUUCCUGAUACUUGCAACCUACCUAACUUCAACACUACCGAUAUUAAUCUAUUAGAAUAUGCUAGAAAAAAAGUUGGAGAAUCAAGAUUUAUAGAUGCCGUCACAAAAAUGAUAAUUAGUGAUUUGGCUAAAAAUAAUCAAAAAUUAUUGUUACAUCAAUUUAUUUUAUAUCCAAAAAUUUUGAAUACGUCUCUGUCGCUCAGGAAUGUAUUUAUCAACAGGAAUAGCAAGAAUGCCUCUGUACAAGAAUCAAAAGCAUUAUUCAGAUAUUACUUAGCACUAGCUACUAAUAUAACUGCUAAAUUUGAUGACAAGAUUCUUACAAAGGGAAGUAGAGAAUGCAAAUCUUUAUUGUUAAAGGCCAAUUAUGUGAUUUAUUAUGUAAAACAGCUAUUUAACUUCAAUGAAAACAGUAGCCCUAAAUUCCUUAUCCAAGACAAAAAAAAAUUAGGAUUUGGCCUUGUUUAUAUGACAUCUCCCCAAAGUGGUAUUUCUUCGCGUAUGCAUCUAGCUUUACUUUAUCAAAUUUUGGAGGAAUUCAUCAGCCCGUAG